AUGGCGUGUCAAAAUUGGCGUAAACUGCUGUUGAUUGCUGUGAUUAUUCAGGCCAUUUCAGGUCCAUGUGUAGCUUUAGACCUUCAGAAUGUCCUAGUCGUAGAAACACCGAAAAAGAAUGAGGAACCUUCCAAGCUUACAAUUGUCCAUAAACCCGAUAGCGUGAGCAUGGUUAAAGAAAUACAAUCAAUUCCCGCUCAUGAUAUUUCGCCCGUGAUCACUUUAGCUUUGGGUUUAACGCCAACCCAGGGAGUCCAUUGGAAAGGAUUACGAGUUGGCAAUAUCUUUAAAAGACCAUCCGCAAACGUUUUAAUUGCGGUUACGGAUGUCCCAAUUGACCAUGUUAAUUCGAUUAUUGCCAUCAUAACUUUAGAUAAUAAAUUUGGAAUCGAUCAUUCCUACACGUCUUACCGAGUUGAUGAGUCGGCGAAGACCGUUACUGGAAACGCCUUUUUGGACAUGGUACAUGGCCCCAAUAAGGAAAACGUUGCUACUUACGUUUCCAACGUUUUCGAGAAAAAACCCUUAACUGUAUCCAUAUCAGCAAGCUACGAGGUCGCUCAAGCUGGUUUCGGAAAUCAAGGGAAAAGUUUUUCGAUGUUCCUCGAUGGCUUGGACGAAAAAUUCCAUGUUGCUUCACCAUCAGAUGAUCAUCUCUUUGAUUCCCUUUCGGCAUCGAAAGAGGCUACCCUUAAGGAGUUUGAAAAAUUCAACUUUGGCAAAGAUGUACACUUCAAUGUGGAGAAAAAAUUGAUGAUCGUUACAUUACCUGAUGAUAAAAAAAUUCCUUUCGACAUGAAUAAAAGGUCUGAUUACAUUUUCUUUGCCGAAAUAUUCACCAUGUUAAAGUCUCUUGAGAUUAUUAAGGCAAACAAAGAUUUGAUCCAUGAUGAUGCUCCUGAUGUAUAUACCUAUUCAAUUAGUUCAAUCAAGGCUUUAGAUAUGGAACAUGGUAAAGAUUCCAAUCAAGUUCAUGCUGCCAUUCGAGUUUUACAUCAUGUUGUACCUAAGAUUUAUAAAUCUUUUAAUGAAAUGUAUGAUGGUGAGGCUCUAAUAGAGCUUCUAAGUCGCGGAAGCAGCGGACGAUUGGUUUUCGAACGACCCGAACAAGCCAAAAAAAUGUAUGAGCAUGUCAAGCCUCAUCUUCAUGUACAAGGUACUAAUAUGGUCAAUGGUAUUUGCCAUUCAUUGAACGGUUUAUUGAAUUUAUUUGGUUCUAAAGCUAAGAUUGAUUGUCACGGGCAAUCUUCUGAUGCACGUGUUGGUAGAUCAUUGAUGGCCGCUGCAACAACAAAUAGUCCCCUUACCGAAAAGAACUUUUUGAAAAGAUUGAACAUUUCACCAGUUUAUACAUCGGAUUAUCCAGUUAUUUUCAAUAUUAUCUUGUGGUUGAUGAUAAUCCUCGCUAUCGGUCUUUACGUAACUGCUGCUGUUAUGUGGGACAUGGAUCCUGGUCGUGAUAGCAUCAUUUACCGAAUGACUAGUCAGCGCAUCAAAACCGACUAA